CUGAAAGUUCCUUUUACUAUUAUGUUUUAUUUUUGUUAACUAUAUUUUUAUUUAUGACUAUUAUCUAAGUUAUAAAACAAAAGGAGAAACUGAAGUUGAUUUUUCUAUAUUCCUGUAAAUUAGUGUAAUUCAAAAGAACUAUGCCUGAAACGAAGGAAAAAGAACAAAUAAUUCGUUCUUUCGACACAAAAUUCAAGUUCUUAACUUCUUAUGAUCUGUGUAAUUUUACAUCCCUUGAAAGAUUUACUAAAUGGUUAAAAAGACCUGUAGAUGGAGCUGCUCUAGGAGUAUUUCGAGCUAUGUUUGGUGCAGCUAUGCUAAUUGACAUAGCUGAAGAACGUGGAGGCAGCCAAAUCGAUUUGAACUUUGGAGACGAGCGGACAUGCCAUUUUCCGCUAUUUGAUUUUAUUCAAAAUUUCAGUCUUCCUGUAAUGGGUCUUGUCUAUCUGACCAUGUGGCUUGGUGCACUCGGUAUAGCCCUGGGAUAUAACUUCCGUUUGAGUUGUUUGGCCUUCAUAAUACCUUACUGGUAUAUUUUACUGUUGGAUAAGCCUGCGUGGAAUAACCACAGUUACUUGUUUGGUCUCACUGCGGUUCUAUUAAUGAUGACUGAUGCAAAUAGAUUUUGCUCAUUUGAUCAUCCCUUUGAAGAAGGAAUCAAACCAUCAGUCCCUUACUGGAAUUAUUUUCUUAUCAAAUUUCAAUUCUUUAUUCUCUAUGCGUACGCGGGCUUAAAAAAGUUCUCCACUGAAUGGUUAUCCGGCUAUGCGAUGUCAAGUCUAGGAAAUCACUGGGUAUUUGCGCCAUUCAGAACUGUAUUCCCAGUGGAAAUAAUUGAUUUACUUAUAAUACAUUGGUUUACGGCAGUUUUUGACUUUACCAUUCCAUUCCUUAUGACUUUUCGUGGUAGUCGGAGAUUCGCAACACCCUUCAUGUUGAGUUUUCAUUUGAUGAAUUCAAGACUAUUUUCAAUUGGAAUGUUCCCAUGGGUUUGUUUGGCUGAGGUUCCCUUAUUUUUCAAUUUUGACUGGCCACACAAGAUUUGGCCGAGUAUAUGUGGCAUUAAGAAUCCAGAAACUAAAGUUACUCCAAGUCAUGUAAAAAACGAGAAACUGAACCUAACCAAGAACAACAAUAAAUCCAUAACAGACGAGGAAGAAGUCACUUGGAAUGACAAAGCUCGCACGAUAUUGAUUUUAAUUUAUUGUUGCAUACAACUCUUUUUACCGUUCUCGCACUUUAUUACCAAAGGUUACAACAAUUGGACUAAUGGCCUCUAUGGUUAUUCCUGGGACAUGAUGGUCCAUUCAUAUGACACGAUUGUGACGUCCGUCAAAGUUGUCGACAAUCAAAACGGCAACAUGCAUUACUUGGAGCCCUUCGCUUUUACACAUUACGAUCGAUGGACUAAGUCAGCAGACAUGGCUAAACAAUAUGCCAAAUGUAUUCACAGAAAUAUUAUUCGAGAAAUUGCCAAAAAUCCCAGAAACAAACUUAUAUCUUCCUCGAAUAUAUCGAUAUAUUUUGAUGUCUGGUGUUCGAUGAAUGGUCGAUUCCAGCAGCGAACUUUCUAUCCAAAUGUGGAUAUUCUUCAAGCUGAUUGGUCACCAUUUGAAGAGACAUCGUGGUCGUUGCCCUUAAUAAACGAGCUAAACCAUAUGCGACCAAAGCUAAAAGCUAUUGCAGAUGAUGUUCUUUCUUGGAGUAAUUAUUCCGAUGUGGUGUUUGUUGCAGAUUUUCCUAAUCUAACCUUGGACAAUUUCCUAUCACCCGACUUGGGAAAUGUCACACUUACUAUUAUAGAAGGUAGUGUGACGUUCAAGAAUGAGAGUAAACAAUUAAAUUUGAGUACUGGAGACAGUCUUUCUCUAACGGCGGGCGAGUCUCAUCAAGUGAUAACAACAAGUGCUCGACCAUCAUGUUAUCAAUACACUUAUGUGAAUAAAACUAUGGAAAAACUUCAAGAGCCUAUCGAUGAUGCGAAUGCACAAAAGAUCAACGGCCACCUGGCACUGUGGAAGGAAUUCUCUCAAAGAAUCACUAACUACAAAGUAUUUAUGCAUCAUAUUUUUAAGUCCAUUAUGUUUAUAGUAUAUAAAGUGCCUAUCGAAAGUCAUGCUAGGAAUAUUUAAUUUUGUUAAAAAUGAACAACAAAUAAAAGUUCCUUUAGUUUAAAAUUAUUAAUGAGGAAAUUAUCUACAAUUUUUGUACAUUAUUUAAAGUUCAAAAUAUACAAAUAAAAAUUUUUUUCAGUUAUUUUAGUUAAGUCUUUUUUGUU